UAAACCCAUCCGAUGUCUUUCAAUUAGGUGAACGACGUGAUUUCUGUAAGAUAUCCCACAACACAAGCGCAGAGUGGCGCUUUCAACUUUGGUUAUACACUGCCGAGACGCUCGAGGCUGCGAGAAUAAUGACUUCGAUGGCACCUACCUGCCCAGUUCAAUCACAAGCGGCCCAAUCGUCAGUGCCUGUCUCGAAUGGAGACAAACACCACGCCGAAGACACAUCGCGACUCUGUUCCUCUCCACAAACAACGAGCUCCGAUGUUAUCCACGACUUCAUGAACAAUGGUCGGAAGCUAUUGGACCAUCCGAUCCCUCGCCAGCGUCAGAUUCUUCGAGACUUUCUCAACGAAGCUGUUAUUCCACACCUGCCUAAUUCGCCUCGUUGCUUUGGGGCUGAUAUUGUGGAUUCUAGUACCGGCGCAGAUAUCGCUCUCUUGGACGACCGUCAGAAGCACCUCGACUGCGCGAAGUCGAUUAGGAAGACGUGUGCUGCCUGUCACGUAUUCUCCAACAAUUUGAAUAUCCCUCAAUGGUAUCAACGUCUCAGGGAAGAGCGACGUGCUCACAAGGCCGAGAGAAGGAUAAUGUCGGUUUUAUGAACUAUGAACAUUUCCACUUCCAUUGACAACACAUUCUCUAGAUUCCACAGAAUUUAUUACUACAGGGUUGGGCUUGUGUGCUUGUGUCCUGGAUCCUUGCCCUCAAAUUCGUUCACGCAUGUCACAGUGAAACUCUAUUGUGAGAAUGGCGUAGUUCAGACAUAGGAACCUAUGGUAAUGCGGAUUGCAUUC